CCACAAGCAGCUUCCUGAAAUGUCACUGAAGCAAAUACCCAGAAGGGUUCGUUUGGGUCAAUCGAUCGGACUAUCAAGCUCAAAAAGACUCUAUCGACCUUCACUCAUCGGAUACAGAACAGCUUCGAGUAGCUCAUCUGCAACACCAACAUUUACAAAAGAAAAAGAUGGCAGUGACAGUAUAAUCGGUGUUGUGGUGGCAUUCAUAGGUGGAUUUGCAGGGACAGUAUUAGUGUUAUCCCUCACAUCAAAAGCAGAAGCGCCUUCAAGACUGUUGCCAAACAAAUACCACACUCUCGGCCUACAAGAAACACGACGAUGUUCUUCACCUUCUGAUGUAGGAACGAAUCUUGAUGGCGAUCAUGUGUUGCUGCGUAUUGAGCCACCGUAUUAUAUUGCACCUCCCAAACUUACACAUGAACAAGCAUUAGCAACUGCGGCGGGAGAUCCAUUUUGGCGAAUAUUGAGCGUUCAUAUGAAAGAACCUUCUUUGCAAAUCGAAAGACCGUAUACGCCACUUUAUGUGGAAGGAGUUUGUGGACCGAGAGGAAAAGAAACAAUCGAUUUCAUGAUAAAGAAAUAUCCGGAUGGUGAAUUGGGAAAGUAUGCACAUAGAUUGAGGGUUGGAGAAGGGGUGGAGUUGAGAGGGCCUCAUGUUACAUGGCAAGAUAAGCAGGUUGAUAAUUUGGUAUUGCUCGUGGCGGGAACUGGAAUCACACCUGCAUAUCAACUGAUCACAACCAUAUUCGGCAAACCUGACAGACCAAUGCCUUCAGGACAGAGGAUACCGCGGAUAUCGUUAAUGUAUGCGGCUUCAAAGCCUUCGUCAUUACUCUUACUGCCCGAGCUUGCGAAGCUGAAAGAGGCUUACGGGAAUAGGCUGGACAUUCAAUUAUUUGUGGAAGAUGAGGGAAGCGCUGUCAAGAAAUCAUGGCUAGACUGGAUGCUCGGUAGAGAACGUAUCAAUCUACAAGAAGGUAUGCCAUUGCAGCUAGGCAGAUUGAGCGAUAAAGCAAUCAAGCCAGUGCUAGAAAAACAUGAUCCAAAAUCAAGACAUAUUCUUGUUUGUGGUCCUGAUGGCAUGGUGGCUCAAGUGGCAGGUGCAAAGAAAGGCAAUCAACAAGGAGAAUUGAGUGGAAUAUUGGCUUCUUUAGGCUGCAAAGAGGAAGAAGUUCAUAAACUGUAAUGUCAUUUUUUGAAUGCAAUCAUAGAGCUAGUGUGACUGUUGCACAAACG